AGAUCAAGUACAUGUGGAUGAGGUUAACAGGUGUAGCAAAAUACAAGCAUGGCCGGAGCUGGAGAUGGAGGGCGUUCAGGUUCUGUGCAGAAAUCGGAGGAAGAAUGGCGGGCUAUUCUCUCCCCCGAGCAGUUCAGGAUUCUACGACUGAAAGGAACCGAGCUGCGAGGAACCGGUGAGUAUGACAAGGUCUUUGCCGAUGGGAUUUACAAUUGUGCGGGUUGCGGAACACCGCUUUACAAGUCUAGUACUAAAUUCAACUCAGGCUGUGGCUGGCCUGCUUUCUUUGAGGGUCUUCCCGGAGCCAUUAAUCUCUCUCCUGAUCCAGAUUGGAGGAGAACAGAGAUUACAUGUGCAGCCUGCGGGGGACACUUGGGCCAUGUUUUCAAAGGUGAGGGAUUCAAAACACCAACAGAUGAACGCCAUUGUGUCAACAGUGUAUCUGUCAAAUUUGUUCCUGCUAAUUCCCCUCCUCCUCUGUGACGGCAUGUACAAUUAGAUAAUAAUGUUGACACUUUUGGUGAUAAUAAAAUGAUUAUUGAAAUGUUGAUUGUA